GACAAACGUGCAUGUGUGACCCACACUAACACCUGGAGCACUGCCCUUGGGUAUCAAAGAAUACCUGUUGACAACAACACAAUUGGGUUCUUGUCAGUAUGAUGACACAAACGUCAGAAGCUGUAGCUUUGGGAAAUAAGUGGCAGCUAGCAUGCUCUCCCCACGAUGUCCCGUCUCCGAGUUUUCCUGCAGAACCCCCCCGCCAGCUUAUCUGAGACGCCGUCCUUCCUCCUCAAUACUCAUGGUCAGCUGAAGCUGUCAAUCAUCCAGGAGCAAGAAGUUCUUGUUGUUAGUGUUCUUGAGGCUCGGGGCAUUGUGGAGGGUUGCCAGCGGUCAUGUGACUCUUAUGUUAAGAUCGGCAUGUUCCCGGACAGCGAUCCCAGCGACAGACAGAAGAGUCAGAUGGUUCCUGAGUGUAGGAACCCCAUCUUCUUGCAAACCUUUUACUUUGUUGUCAGUGAAGGGGACCUGCAUAAGAGACUGCUCUUCACAAUGUGGAACUCUGACUCCACAUCGAGGAUGAGUGCGCUGCUGGGUUGCAUGAGCUUUGGCGUGCGUUCCCUUAUGGACCCAGACAAGGAUUUUCAAGGAUGGUACUUCUUACUUGGGGAAGAGCUGGGGAGGAAGAAGCAUCUUAAAGUGCCAACACAACACAACAACCCCACUGAGGCUGUGCUGUCAAACCAUGGUGCUGCCCCCGAGACCAAUCGCCCUGAGAAUAUGCAAUGCUUAACAGUGAACAUCCUCCGAGGAAAGGAUGGAUUCGGCUUCACCAUCUGCUCAGACUCCCCUGUGAGGGUGCAGGCUGUUGAUCCAGGGGGUCCAGCGGAUCAGGCAGGUCUGCAGCACUUGGACACCCUGCUGCAGCUAAACGGUCAGCCCGUGGAGCAAUGGAAGUGUGUGGACCUAGCCCAUGCUAUCAGAAACAGCGGCAAUGAAGCCAAACUGGUGGUGUGGCGCACGGGCCCUUCAGCUAAGCCUAAUUUCGAGGGCCUCAUCCAUCGGCCCUCCUACAAUCCGUCCACCUCAAACUAUGACGCCCCCUCGCCCCCAACCCGCAGGCGCGUUCCAGAUGUUGGUGCGAGUAAAUCCCCCCCGGACGUGCCGCCUCUCCCAGCCCACCACCGUGCCACCGCCUCCCGCAGGCUGCUGGUCAACGGCACUGAAGCUGGAAUGGGGGGAGGCGUAGGCGUUGGGACCCUGGGUGGGUGGGGGGCCCAUGGGGGGUCGGCCGAGGAGCUGGACGGGAAACCGCGCCUCCUCCACCACCCUCACACUGCCACGCUGAAGGGGACCCGCGUGAAGGCAUCCAACGGGGACAACUACAUCAUCCUGGCCCCCAUCAACCCCGGAAGCCAGAUCUUGAGGCCUGUUUACCAAGACAACCAGGGAACAUUAGCCGGCAGGUUAUACCCACGGCAGGGCUCUGGUCCACAGCCCCAGAGCAGUGCUGGUGGAGGUCCUAGUAGUAGUAGUAGUGGAGGAGGAGGAGGGGGUUUCUCCAGCCGAACUGGCUUCCUACGUAGGUCUAACAACUCUAAGACAACAAAGACAGCAUCCACCUCCACCAACGCCGGUGCACCCAACUAUCAGCAGCAGAAUGCUAACUUUGCCAAUUACCAGAACUGCACCAUCGUCCGCUCACACACUCCACAUGCCAACUACGGAUAUGUCAAAGUGGCUCCCAAGAUCCUCAUCUUCCCCAUCUUUGUUCAGCCCCUUGACCUGUGCAGCAGAGCGCUCAUCUUAUCCGAAGAGAUGAUACUCCAUGAGAGCAAGCACCACUCGCUCAAGGUCACAGUGUUUGUGUACAGUGACCUGAUGCUGGUGACAAGAGAAGACGAGCCCGGCAGGUGUAAUGUCCUCCAGAGUCCGCUGUUCCUCCGACAGCUCAGGCUCCAGGACGAUUACGCUGAAGAACUGAGGUUCUACCUUAUUCACAUGACAGAGAAGUGUGACUGCCUGCUCAGCCUGGAAGUAUAUUCAGCAGACCAGAAGCGCCGUGUGUGUCAGUGCCUGAAGGACAACAUUGACAAGCAGCUCCAGCUUCACAGGAGGGAGGCUUCCUUUCAACAUUUUGAUGAGAUGUUGGAGCCUAAGGAUGAUGCCCCUUCCUGUGAGCUGGGCGGAGUCGGAGGAGAUCACGGUGGUGUGUGCCUGCACAUGCCCCCCCGCAGCUCAGAGGGUGAGGAAAGCAGCCUGUACCCCUCCAGUCCCUCAGAGCCCCCAACCCUGGGCAGCCCUCACACCUCAGAGCCUCUCACCCCUCUGGAUGAGGUCUACAUGCCUCUUGGGGGACUCAUGGGGUCUGGGGAUAGACACAAGGUGCCUCCCACACCACCUCCAUCCACCGAGGGUGAGGACUGGAGGAGCAUGGAGGGCAAUGAGAUGGAGAUCUGGAGGGAGGUGAGUACGUUGGAGAGCAGUAGGGAGGAAGAUGAAGAUGAUUGGGCCAGCAAAAAGAGUGUCGGCAGUGAGGGCGGAGAGAAAGUGGAAGAAGAGGGGGAAGGAGAGGAUGAGGGAGAGAGGAAUGAAGAGGAGGUCAACCUAAACCUGGUGGUGUCCAACACUGAUGAAGAAAACGCCUCUGAGCCACUAGAAACCAACGCCCCCCCUUCCUCCUCAUCCUCCUCAUUUGUCAUCCCCGAGCUGCGCCUCGACCGCUCCUUCAGUGCCGACGCCCUCUCCUCACCCAACACCGAUGAAGAAGAGUACGACGAAGAAGACGACGACGACGAGGAGUCCGAGGAAGAGGACGAUGAAGACGACAGUGACGAUGCCUACCUGCAGCGUAGCGACAGCAAGCGCCGCAGCAUGGUGGAGGGUGCCACCUGUGAGAAGCAUGGGGGGGGGCGGCUCAGCGUGCAGAACUCCCUCCGCAGGCGCACCCACAGCGAGGGCAGCCUCCUGCAGGACCCCCGCACGCCUUGUUUCACCUCCGACAACGCCAUCAACUGCCUGGAGGCCGGGGGGGCGCACCACAAGGGCGGCUGGACACUCCCCUCACCCAAAACCCUGAAGAAGGAGCUGACCAAGAGUGGAGGCUCCAUGCAUCAGCUGUGCAUGCUGUUCUCUGGGAGGAAGCUGAGCGCCGGAUCCCCCUGUAGCUGCGAGGUCAGCCCCGAAGGAACAAAGAAGAAAUCCAAGAACCUUGUUUUGGACCCAGCACAGCUGUUUUCCUGACAUUGUCCACAUUAUCUCAGCCUCCUCCCCCCCCCCCUCUUUUAACACAUGUUGUUACCCACUCCAGGUGUUCUGCUACCCCGAGCUAUAUAUCCCUGCACUUAGCACUAUACUGCUUUUUCCCAACCAGUGAUUUGCAGCAAGUAGCAAUAAAGCCAUAGAACUACAUCAACUAGCGCACCAGAGAGAUCUGUGUGGAAAUGUAGAUUUUUUAUUACAAACACAGCACAUAUUACAUCUGUGUGUUUGUGUUUCUGUAUAUAAAUGUAUAUAUGUAUCUCUAUAUAUAUAUAUUUGUAACCUGAUGUUAUCUUCUCAGUAUUGAGAGAGUAAUAUUGUUCACAGUUUUGAUCCUGUGCCAUCCCUUGUAGCAGUUCCCAGGCACACAAUUGAUUUCACCUGUUGUUGUUGUUUUUUCAUGGUUUUGCUGCCAAAAUCCAUGUGAGGGCCCUUUUGUGUGUCGUGAAAGUUGGCAGAAAUGAACAUUAGUUCUUUAGUUUGACAUGAUGUGCACUGACCUUGUUGUACAAUCAGUGCUGACAUUAUGUGAACCACUCAAAGCCAUUAUGUCUAAAAAGCGCCUUUCAGGUUAUACAAAUACAUCUACAAGUACGUCUUUUACAGUUAAGUGGACUCCCUGAAAAGGGAACAUCUCAUCACCUUGUAAAAAAGAAAUAACAAAGACAAAGAAAUAACAGCUGGAUCCCAAGGUGUGAACACUUAGGGCACUUAUUGCACAUUACCAGAGACAAUAGUGCUUUAAAGAGUGCUCCACAUGUUAACCAUUGCACUGCUACAACAUUGUUGAUUCGUUUUUAUUCCAUGCAUUCUUCUUACUUGUCAAAUCCUAGCACCUACUUCACCCCAAUUUUCAUUGUUCUAAGCACAGUGACAAUAAAGAUCCUUCUAUCAUCACACAAUGCAACUUGACCACCAUCAUUUCAAUUGUAAUCUAAUAAAGUAGCAUGACUUGAGGCAACUCUGUUUAUUACUUUUUACAAUUUCCAUGCAGAAACACCCCCAAGCUUUGAUGUGUAGAAUCUGUGGAAUGGUAUUCCCCACAAGAACUGUGUUAAGGCUUUUUCAUUAACUGUAUUAGAAUGAGACAAAGUUGGAUUUCUACAUACUAAUAGAUCUUAAGUUUCAUACAUUAAACUUAUAACACGACUCUGUCUGGACUUAUAUUGUACAUUUAUUGAAUCAGAGGGACAACACAUCAGCACUUGAGGUUGUAACAUCAUGUUUAAAACAUGACUAAACCCCAUCAGAUAAAGUAAACAGGGAGCAAACUACAAAUAUUUUUCAAUUUCAUGUAUUUUCAGUUCUUGAUUGAAUAGAUUAGAUUGUAUUGUCACUCAGACAGAAACUAAGCCAGUCAUAACUUAUUUAAUUCAAUUUAAUGCGAACAAGCAUUCACUGCACAAACUACAGAAGAGAUAAUAUGAUACUUUGAUGCUUUUUAAGUCUCUCUUGUAGCGUGAUGUUUAAAACAGAGCUUUAUACCACUGAUUUGAUCUGAGACAGAUGAACAGUUCUUUACAUUAGUAAAGUCAUUGAUUUUCCUCAAAAGACAAAUGUCACCUCCACUUACCAAUCCAUAAACAAAACAAAAAUCUCCAGACCCCAGUGGAAGGAAUCUGUGCUGUCUUAACUCUGCGUGGUGAUUGGGUUAGCCCAGGGUCCGCCUUCCCCAGACCCCCUGAACUAUAUAAAGCUCCAACACAUCCUCUCAGGGGUUAGAGGAAUGUGAUUGUCAAACAAACCCCUGGGCCCCGAGCACCUCCUGACACACGCUUUCAUGCAGUCUUAUUUCCACACCCACCAAGUGAACCUGCGUACAGGCUGGCACCCAUGUUUCACACUAUGGUUGAUUUCUCAGAGAAGUACCUGGAAAGGUAAGAGCAAGGCUCAUCUGCACUUUGAUUAUCGAGAAUAAGAGACAUCAGAAGCGAGGAUGAGGGAAGCGUGGGAGGGGGCUGUAAUACAUCCCACAGGAACCGAUGCUCUAAAGCUGGUAGGAAGCUAUCUGACCUCUACUUGGAUCUCAUUUGACAGUCGCAGUGAGGGAGACGAAACCCCCGUGAGACCAAAGGGCUCAAACUAUUUUGGAGAAAGGAGUUUUGAGUUCUAACUCGAGGCUGCCCCUUUUUCUUAUUAUACACAGCCUGGAUUUCAGGAAUAGGAUUGCUCAUGUGGUCUUGGUGGCUAGGAAGGUGAGUGUGCUCAGAAAUAGAGCUUUCUUGGGGGGUUUGAUCGAGGGACACUGUGAAUGACAUAGCGAUAUAUUUAUGGAUGAAAUUUAGGACAAUUCCCUUUUUCAUUGUGCUUCUAGGAACAUGGCAGAGUGACUUUCUUUGUUGUGAGGCACUUCUCUUUCUUUUUGUGUUGCAGUGUGUCAUCUGUCACCUCUCUGGAGUAUUUAGUAUGUGAGCAAAGUACAGAACAAACAGUUACAGUGUGUAAUCAUCUUUUUAGUCAGAGCCCAAGCCAUGGAAAUGUUAUUUCAAGCGUUACAGACACACUGACACAACCCUUGACCCAAUACUCUCGCACAGAGGCACACACAGAGCCACGCGCUUCAACAGUGUUGUUGGUGUGGCGUGUUCUGCAUACACAGCCUUCUCUAAAUAGAAAGUGGCAGAGGGAGUCAGAAACAUGCGUGAAACUUGGCUGCUGCUCUCACUGACUGUAUUUCAAUUCUGUACUCAUCACUGCACCCCAAAUCUCAUGGGCUUUACAAAGGGCAGAGUCCUCUCUUUGUGGGAAACAAAGCUCUACAUAGCAAACAACAAAGGUGGGAUGAAAUGGGCCAGUGGAUUUGGCUUGUGUUAGCAUGGUUCUUUGUGAUCUGCAGUGUGUCUGUCUGCAGUUCUCGACCAUGUGCUCCCAGAGCCUUUCCCUGGGAGUGCGGCCUACUUUCCAGAACACCAGGAAUAGCCGGUGGGGUGCUAUUAGUGUAUCUAAUGUGAGCCAAGCAAAGAGGGAAUAAGAGGACGGAAACCUGCAGAUAAUUGUGGAGACAAAAACCUCUCACGUCUUCACUCAAGCACAUACAUCGCUCUCUUGCAAAGACACAAACAGACACUCAGGUGUUCACAUGCUGCAAACAUAGGCAUUUUGUGAGCUUGCUGGGCAUUGGAGCAUACAUUUAUGGACGGCAAACAUGUUGGAUCAAAGAUCAUCAUCAUUUGAUAAUCCUUUCAAGAGCAUGUGUCUGUCUUUUAGCAGAUUAAGUUAAGUGGAGGGUUCAGUGUGUGUCAUGAAUCAAACGGAGUGUAAUUAGUGUACACUGUGAAUGGUGUUAGUGAUGGGGAGAUAUUUGCAGAUACAGUAAAGUUUCAACUCUAAAUACAGAGGUGCUCAACGUGAGAGACUGUGAGAGGUGCCAUUAGCACUAUAUGCUAAGAUAACUGGGUGCAAUAUCAUUCUUAAAUGACGUUCCUCGAAAUAGACUCAAGUACAACACUACUUUCCAUCUAUGAUAUUGAAUAAAACUGAUAAAGAGAUAUCUGUGACCGUGGUUGAAGUUGGCCUAAGAGUGUGGCUGAAUCAGUCCAUUUCUCCUCUUGCUGUAAGUCAGAGUUAAGUGUUUAGAGUUCCACCCAAGAAGGUUUUACUCAACAUGCUAAUAGUUUUUUAUAACAAUGCAAUCCUCUACGUCUGGAGGUCACAGUCAUGAAUGUUAGCCCACUGGCUGUCGCUGUUCAAAGGAUGAAGGAUGUGUCUGCCCACAUUUAGGGAGGAGUAUUGUGACCUUCCUUCAAGUCGGAGUUGCUGUUGACUCCCAUUGAGUUAAUAACCACACAGGCAGUUUUAAUUAUGGCUUGAGUUUCCCACACCUCCCACAGUGCAGAGGUGAGAAAAGGAUUUCUGUAGUUGCCAAUGUGAAGUGGUUUGAAUGAGGCAGCUACAUGAUAUGCAAUAUAAAUGAGAUGUUUUCAAGAAUAGUGUCAGUUCUGUAUUCAAGUAUAGAUCCUAAGAUUAUGUAGGAUCAAGCCGUUUCCAGUGUUGACACCAAUUAUUGGGAACAGAAGAAUUUCAGGCAAUCAGUUCUGCUUGAAGCCGGAAAAUGCCAUGUGUUGUGUUUGCAGUAUCCAUUGACACCCACAUGGUGGCAGGAUAGAAACAUACAUUUAUCUUAAAGUGACUGUUGCCAUGACAUCAUUGUCACAUCAUAUUCACACGGGCUCAGCUUGUAUAAAGCCAGACAUAAAUAAUAAGGUGUCUUUUGUCAGGCCAGGAAAAUAUUUUCCAGCCCAUAUAAAACACUCCUCUUCCUCACAUGCACUGGCAAGAAGGAGGCUGUCUUAGAGCUAACACAUGAACCGCUCAAGACCUAAUUGCCUCGAGCGGCCUACAAAGAGAACAAUCUAAUGAAUCCCGCUCUGAUGUUAUGAGUUUAUUUAACAGCGAGAGAGUUUUUAUUUCGGUGAUAAUGUCCUUCAGACUGGCAAGUGUGAGCGUUACACAGGGGUACUGCGUAAGAGCGCCCUGAUGUUUGCAAUAAAAGAGAGGUCUUAAUACAGCAGUUCAGCAUCUGGUAUAAUCCUGCCUCAUACAGGACACAGAGGUUGUUUCAAUCAAUGGAUGAGUCAUCCCUCCACCAGUGAUGCUGUGUGGCCGGUCCGGUAUUUCUUAGGAUUAGAUGUGGAAUUCAUUUAAAAUGUGUCCUCUAAACGUCUUUCACUCUCUAUUUUGUUUUGAGUCUAUUUUGGGAAUUUCACUCUUUUUCCACUUAUCUUGCCUGGGAAAAAGAACCUUCCACAUUCUGGAUAUCCACACUGAUGGAUGCUUUUGCUUUUUCUAUUUAUUGCUAGUACAUCUAUUUUCACUCAUUUGGCAUUUCCACCCUCCUGAACUUUAGAAACGCGCUGAAAAAGGCCUCCUGUGGUUUUCUGAAUCACCUAAAGUAAUCUGCACCAGCUAACCCCCCAAACCCAAACAAACCAGAAUCAAUACACCCACAAAGUCGCACUCAUCGUGAUUUUUAAAGGAGCUAUUCAGCUGCUGUUCCCCAACAGCUCAUGCAGUCAUGUUGUAUCAUGUGUGCGGGCAUGUUUCUACCUUUCCUGUCCUUCGGCAGUUGGAAAACCUCACGCCAGACAGCUGACUGUGUUCUCUGUUCGGUCCCGCAGCCACGAAUGUAACCACCGUGCAUCUACGCACGCAUAAAUAAUCUCUCCCACUUCCCAUCACUCACCGGUGGAGACUGGGAGUUCUCCGACACCUGUGAUAGGCAUGAAAGCACCAGUGAAGUGGGCAUGAGUUGGCACAGGUGCAGAGGGGGUUCUUUGAAAUAUACGUGUGGGUGUUUCUUUAAUCCCCAUCCAAGUACAUUUCUGUACAGUUCUUGUGCUAAUCAGCAGUUGUGAGUUCUUCCAACCCCCUGUGUGUGCACGUUAGAAUCAUAGGUGUCUAUAACUAGAAGCCUUGUUUCCUAAUUUGGGGUGUACAUGCCCUCCUGGGGGCUGAUGGCUGGCGGUGGCACAGCUUGCAGUGAUUAGCUCACACCGCCGUGCCGCAUUAUUAGCGGGCCAGCCAAUCCACAGUGGAAAUCAAAAGCAGGGACUCAGGAAAUGGGUGUUGAGUGAGGUCACAUCCCAAUGAGGCAGCAUGUGCUCCGGGUCGGGAAAAGCCAGGACAGGCACCAUGGGAUUAUAGGAAUGCGCAUGAUUCUGUACGAACCCUUGGGGACCGAGGGUUGGCGUAUCGCCUUGUGUGAGAUUUAAGGUGGCGCAUGAUGGCAGCGUGUGUGUGUGUGUGUGUGUGUGUGUGUGUGUGUGUGUGAUGGUUCGAAGGUGAAACAGGUCGGUCAGGGGGUUUUGGAUGCUGCUGCAGGCGAGCAGCAGAAUAGGGGUCACUGUGCCCUGUUGCCUCGGCCCUGGGUCACCUCCCUUUCAGCAAGCCCUCUAGGCACAUGGAGAUGGCGUGAUGAAACAGAGGAGUGCGGAUUGAGUCUCUCUCCUCCUUCUCUGACACAUUCGCUCAGUCCCUGCCGAGGAACCUGCCAGGGACGCAUCUACACGAAAGACUGUUAGAGAUAAUAGAUUGACAGGCGAGGCGCUGACACGAAGCGGGGAAAGGGAGCUUGAAAGCCGCCUUUUUGGAAAAGUUUUGGCUGACACACCUGGCUGAAGACUAAAAUGUACACAAUACAACGUUUAUUUUCAACCUUUUCUGGCUUUUGUGGGUUUGAUUUCAUGUGGAUUUACAAUGCGGAAUAUCUUAAUUGGUGAUUCCCUUGGCUUGGAUUGUUUUAGUUGUGGACUUUGGACUCGGGCUCAACACACUUUCUUCC